AUGGCACAAGUCUUGGCUUUGAGCGAUAGGUGCUGCGGCUGCCUCGAGAGGCGAUCGCUUCUACUUUACAGCCUCGUUUUAGGGAGCGAGAUCAACGAAGGUUUCCAGGAGCGACCUCUCAGCGUGCGUACUGGUGAUGCCUUCCGAGUUCACUGUGAUUCUCAUAUGAACCCGACGACCUUGUUUGUUCUGCACGCCGGUGCCGAUGCCGGUGCUAGCGUUCAGGUGUUGGGCAGCAGUUUCUCGGCAUCGAGAAAGCACCCGAGGUGCCUUGUACGCAAACGGCAACCGGAGCGACGAGGGCGUCUACAGCGUUUCUCAUCACCAGCGUGGAGGCAACGUCUUCGUCGGCAGGUGCUCCAGGCACAAGUCGAGCUGCCGCAGGUGCGCAUCGUCGGGGCCGGCCUUGCCGGACUCACCACCGCCAUUGCACUCAUCGAGGAGUACGGUUGGGAUCCAGCCAGCGUGUCCAUCUUCGAAGCAUCGGACACUGUUGGCGGGAGGGUUCGCACGGACCGCCUCCCUGAGGGCUACCUUCUCGACCGCGGUUUCCAGGUGGUGCUCGAGGCAUACCCCGAGCAGAAACGGCUCUUUCGGGUGACGGGAGCAGCAUAUCCCGACGAACUGAAACUGCGGCGCUUUCUGCCCGGUGCUACGGUACGUCUUCCGAACGGUACCUGGGCCUAUGUGGGAGACCCGUUGCGCAGCGACCUCGGGGAUGUCUGGACAACGCUGCUAGCGCCUCUGGGAACCAUCCAAGACAAGGCACGAGUCGGUUGGAUGCGUCUUCAGACGCAGUUGCGAUACACUUCGAACCCGAACAGCAUUCUGGAGCAAGUCAACAUGAACGGCAACCGGGAGGAGACGGCAGAGGAGGCGCUCGCCGCACUGACACCUGGCUUGCGGCAAUCGUUCUUCUCCCCGUUCUAUCGAGGCAUCUUCUUGGAUGAACUGUACAACAUCUCGUCUCGUCUCUUUCGCUACGUUUACCACAUGCUUGCGGUCGGGUAUGCAUCGCUACCCGAUAAUGGUCACGGUAUCGGGGCACUGCCGCGUUUCCUCGCCCAGCGGCUGCGAGACGAGCACGGCCUGACGAUUCACUAUGGCCAGCGAGUGACCGACUUGUCGACGCUGGCGGACAGAGCUGUGCUUGUUCUGGCAGCCGACGUUGCCUCGACAAAGAAACUCUUGGAGCAGGCGAGCGUCGCGAACCGUUUCUCGCCGAAAGCGCAGGCAGAUAUACGGAAGUUGCUGUGUGGCUGGCUCGCUGCCGGUGCCGACGGUGUCCAUGAGACGCUGCAGCGCGUCUCAACGUGCCUCUACUUUGGAGGAGAGGGCGCUGAGCCACCAGAAGCGCUCAUAACCCGACCGAGAUCCCUGGUGCUCGCGGCAGACGCCCCGAGUCCUUCGGGGAUGCCACGUCGCCCGCUCGUCAACAACUUGUGCUUCCCGUCGGCGGUUGCUCGUUCGUAUGCUCCAUCGAACAAGUACCUAGUGAGCUGCACAGUCGUGGAGACAGCGCUUCACCAGCAACUCGAUCCAAAAGACAAUGACCUGCUUCCAGGCGGUGAGCUGGAAGCGCUCGUGCGUACCCAGCUCUACAAAUGGUAUCCUAGUCAACGACACCUUCUCGAUGACUGGAGCUUCCUUCGAGGAUAUCGUGUGCGCGGCGCUCAGCCGCGACAGCGUCUCAACGGGGAGCGUUUUGUGAUGCCCAACGAGGACGGCUGUUUGGACGCUGGUCGACUCUACGUCUGUGGCGACUGGUGCGAUACCCCGACUGCGAACGGAGCGAUCCACUCGGGUUAUCGUGUUGCUGGCGGUAUUGCCAAGGCGUUUGGCGUCCACUCGAGAAGCACCUCCAGCCGCUAG